AUGGGCGUUUUAUCCAAGAUCGUAAUUGCGGUUGCCGCUACCACUGCAGUCUUCGCACCUGCCGCAUUGGCCCAGAGGCCCAUGGAGAACCUUGGUCGUGGUGUCGUCGCAGUCCGUUCAAACGAGACAGCCGUUUUGGUAGGCUGGCGGCUGCUAGGGCUUGACGAUGAAAGCAUUGGCUUCAACGUCUACAGAGCCACCGGCUCCGGCAACCCAAAGCUUCUCAACUCCAAGGUCUUGACUGGCGGCACCAAUUUCCACGACCUAAAUCCCAACUUGGCAGAAAGCAACACGUACCAUGUGAGACCAGUGCUUAACGGCAAGGAAGCGGCCGACAGCGGCAAGUUCACCUUGGCGGCCAACAAUGCUGCAGAGCCAGUCGUCAGGAUCCCGAUCAAAUCGGGUGGCGUUAUCAAAUACCUGUGGGUUGGCGAUCUGGAUGGAGACGGAGAGUAUGACUAUGUGAUCGACCGGCAGACAGCGCCCAGUACUCUUGAAGCUUACCGCAGUGAUGGUAAGUUUUUAUGGGAGAUCAACAUGGGACCAAACAGUGUGAAUCAAAACAACAUUGAGCCUGGCUCAUCAGCUUUGAACGUCGGCCAUUGGGAUGGAAUUACUGUCUAUGACUUCGAUAGCGAUGGAAAGGCUGAGGUUGCUGUCCGAAUCGCAAACGGCGUCGUGUUUGGAGAUGGGAAAACUUUCAGUGGUGGAAAUGGUGAUGACGACCAAUAUAUCGCCAUUAUCAACGGCGAGACAGGAGCGCUACGUGCCACUGCUCAUAUUGAAAACGAGUACCUGUCUGAUGGCCCUCUUGCAGCCCGGUUUGGUGUCGGCUACCUAGACGGUGUCACGCCGCAUCUUGUAACUUAUAUGAAGAACCGCCAACCGGGUCAGGGUGCGUUCAACCUUAUCAUGGCCGCCUGGAAAUUUGACGGCAAGGCUGUAAAAUUGGCGUGGAGAUGGGUACGAGGUGACCAGGAUGCCUCAGAUGGGCAUAAUACGCGCAUUAUUGAUCUUAACGGCGAUGGAAAGGACGAAGUCUGCGAGAUUGGCUUCGCGCUCAACGGCGAUGGCACCUUGCGGUAUUCGUUGGCAGGUCAGGGUAUUGGCCAUGGCGACCGGUUCCAUAUUUCCAAGAUGGAUCCAUCGCGCGCAGGUCUUCAAGGCUAUGGCAUCCAGCAGGAUAACCCCAGUCUCCUUAUGGAGUACUUAUACGACGCCUCCACCGGAAAGCUUAUCUGGGAGCACUUUGGCACCGAGGUAGGCGAUGUCGCACGCGGUAUGGCUGGUGACAUUGACCCACGGAGCCCGGGCAUGGAGGUCUGGGCUUUCGACGGCGUCUACAAUGCGGCAACCAACAAGCUCACCGAAGAAGACACCACUUUAGCACCAUGGCCACAGCUAGGUCUAUGGUGGGAUGGCGACGCGCUCAUGGAACUCUACAACGACGGGAAAUUCGAGCAGUGGGACUGGUUGAAACCAAGUGUGUCUGGAAAGAUGCCACGAUUUCUCAAGAUCAGCGACUACGGUGGCAGCGUGUCGACCCGAAACCCACUCUUCCUCGGCGACAUUUUGGGCGACUGGCGCGAGGAGGUUGUUGUUACAAAUGCCAAUUACGAUGAGCUUCUCAUCUUCAGCACGAACAUCCCGUCGGACAUCCGCCUUUAUACGCUGCCGCACAACCCGGCCUACCGCAACGCCAUGACACUCAAGGGAUACAUGCAGUCUCAUCACGUUGAUUACUUUCUCGGUGACCGUAUGAAAACCCCACCAAAGCCUAACAUCUAUUACGUAGGUGCUUAG